AUGCUUUCAUCACUCUAUAUGCUUCCUCUCUUCUCUCUUUUAUUCUCAUUCAUGAUUUGUUGUAAUAAUGCUGAGGGUCCACCUUCACCAGGGUACUACCCUAGCUCCAAAGUAAGCCCUACUAGCUUUGAUCAUGGAUUUAGAAACCUAUGGGGACCUCAGCAUCAGAAACAAGACCAAGGAACAUUAAAAAUCUGGCUUGACUCUUCUUCAGGGAGUGGAUUCAAGUCGCUUCAUUCUUAUCGAUCUGGAUACUUUGGUGUUGCGGUUAAGCUUCAAACCGGUUAUACGGCCGGAGUCAUUACAUCUUUCUAUCUUUCAAACAACCAAGACUAUCCCGGAAACCAUGAUGAAAUAGACAUUGAGUUUCUUGGUACAACACCAGAUAAACCAUAUGUGUUGCAGACAAAUGUGUAUAUAAGAGGAAGUGGAGAUGGAAAGAUUAUAGGAAGAGAGAUGAGAUUUCAUCUUUGGUUCAAUCCAACUCAAGAUUUUCACAACUAUGCUAUUCUAUGGAAACCUAGUGAGAUCAUAUUUUUGGUGGAUGAUGUUCCAAUAAGAAAGUAUCCUAGGAAGAGUGAUGUUACAUUCCCUUCAAGAUCAAUGUAUGUGUAUGGAUCAAUAUGGGAUGCAUCUUCUUGGGCUACUGAGAAUGGAAAAUACAAAGCAAAUUAUACUUAUCAACCUUUCAUUGGAAGAUACAAGGACUUCAAACUUCAAGGUUGUAGAACUGAUUCCAUCUCCUCAUCAUGCCGGCCGCUUUCGGCCUCGCCUUCCGGCUAUGGCGGUAGCCUGAGCCCUCAGCAAAAUGUUGCAAUGCAAUGGGUUCAAAAACAUUACUUAGUGUAUGAUUAUUGUCGUGAUCAUGCAAGAGAUCAUACACGUACUCCAGAAUGUUAG